AUGGACGUACUCAAAACCCUCAACCACAGUUCGAAGUCAACAACGGGCAAUUUGACCUUCUCAUUCACUCACCUUGCUGCGAUAACCAUCCUCAUGCCAACGAUACGACACCUCUACGUUGACUACAAAAACUUCAUCGCAUUGGGUCCUGGAGGCACGCCAAAGACGAUUAUGGGCUAUUGCAAAGUCAAAGCACUAAGCUUGCUGGCUCUCCGUGACCCAUACACACCACCGAAGAUUCCGUGGUCCAUGGUACAAAAACAGGGCACUUUGUCAAGUCUACCACAAAGAGAAGGCCCUCGGCCUUCGACUCUUGGAAUCGCGCCUCACCGUCAAACGGACCAAAAACCAUCGCAAGAGAUGUACGAGAAAUUGGCCAGUGCCCUACACACGAUUGCCGAGGAUAACCUACAUCUUCUGGAAGGAACAUCGUGUUUCGAAAAGCAUGGCACUGGUCUGUUCAGCGACAACCCUCAACGACGGACUUGCGGAGGAGAAAUCUGUCAUGCACAUCCUUCAGACGGAUCAUUGCAUCUAACGCUGCACCCCGCCGACGCGAAGAUCAUGCUCGAGGGCGGUUGGGGCGAAAGACACCCACUAGCAAGAGGCGGAUGGCUGGAAAGAUUCGUCCCUGGAGGGUUCGUCAUGAUAUAUGCGCCUCGCAACGACGUCGAGCUCGAUGUGGUACUGGAAAUCGUACGCGCUGCAGCAUGGUUUGUCGGGGGUGAAGAGAUCAAGAGCGAGCAUGACAAGCGCAGGGACAGUGGCCAGGAAGAGUGCGUCGCAUGUUGA